AUGGGUUUAUCCUUGAGAAGCUGCCAUAAUGCAUUUCUUCUAAUCAGUUUGUUUAUACUUAUCAAUUCUUCAUUACUUGAUCACGUACAUGAUAGAAUUAUCAAGGUAGGCACCUGCGAUUAUUCUCAAGGAAGUUGGGUUGUUGAUCCAUCAUAUCCUCUUUAUGAUUCAUCUAAAUGUCCAUUCAUCUCUGAAGGAUUCGAUUGUGUAGAUAAUGGUCGACUUAACAAAGAUUACCUGAAGUACAAAUGGAUCCCUACUGGAUGUCCUGCACCUAAGUUUGAUGGCCAAGAUUUAGUCAAGAGAGUUAAGGGUAAGAAGAUCAUGUUUGUUGGUGACUCGGUCAGUCAAAACCAGUGGCAGUCUUUUAGUUGUCUGAUUCAUGCAGCUAUCCCGAAUGCAAAAUAUGCCAUUAACUAUGGAGAAAAGUAUUCGUCCGUCAAUUUUACGGAUCCUGAAUAUGACAUAUCUUCAGUUUUUAAUCAAAAACCAUUCUUUGUCGAGUUUGAGGAAAAACCUGAACGGGUUCUAAAGAUCGACACCAUUAGCACUAGUGAUGUAUGGAAAGAAAUAGAUAUUCUGGUCUUCAACAGUUGGCAUUGGUGGCAUCACACUGGAAAAUUACAACAUUGGGAUAAAAUCCAGGAAGGAGCCCAGACAUACAAAGAUAUUGGUGAUCGUAUGGAAGAUUUUAAAAAAGGAUUAACUACAUGGUCAACAUGGGUUGACAAAAAUAUUGACCCCAAGAAGACUCAAGUUUUCUAUCAAGGAAUUUCUCUUGCUCAUCUCAAUGGAGACGAGUGGGGUUUUCCAAAAACGACUUGCGCAGACCACACAACGCCAAUUACUGGUAGCAAAUUUCCUGGAGCUCCGGAACCUGGAGUGCCUGUACUCAAGGAAUUAUUAAGUAAGAUGUCGACUCCUGUUACUUUAUUGGACGUGACAACCAUGUCGCAGCUAAGAAUAGAUGCUCAUCCAUCAAAAUACGCGAAUAAAGCUGGAACGGCUCACGAUUGCGGCCAUUGGUGUGUGGGUGGUGUAUCAGAUACUUGGAAUACUCUUCUUUAUGCGUCACUUGCUCCGGCAGCGAAAUAA